AUCAGUGUCUUAGUGGAGCUUUUUUUUUUUUAAGAGCAAGAAAUAAUACAAAAUAAAAUAAAAAUAAAACAAGGAGGGAGGAAGACAACCAGCUGUUGGGGGGGGGGUGGCGAAAUAAGGCAGAUAAAGGAGCGGGGAGAGAAAUUAAUUGCCAACCAAGAGGAAGGAGUUGGGUUGUAUUUUUCAAAGGUGGGGGGAGUGGAGCACACACCUUGAGGAGGAAAGCAAGAAAGAAAAGAAAAAAGCAAGUGGAAGGGGGGCUCGCCCAAGAAGGGUGAAGAAGCGGAGAAAGUCGAGGCGCGGAGGCUCCCAAAGCUGGCAGCUCCGGGCGGCGGUGCAGGGGCGAAGGGGGGGCGGGGGGGACCGUCGGACAUGCGGCUCUGGAGUUGGGUGCUGCGCCUGGGGCUGCUGAGCGCCGCGCUGGGCUGCGGGCUGGCCGAGCGCCCCCGCCGGGCCCGAAGAGACCCGCGGGCCGGCCGCCCCCUGCGCCCCGCCGCCGGUCCGGCCACCUGCGCCACCCGGGCGGCCCGUGGCCGCCGCGCCUCACCGCCGCCGCCGCCGGGCGGUGCCUGGGAAGCCGUGCGCGUCCCCCGGCGGCGGCAGCAGCGGGAGGCGAGGGGCGCCGCGGAGAAGCCCAGCCCCGCGAGCCGGGCGCUCUAUUUCAGCGGGCGAGGCGAGCAGCUGCGCCUCCGGGCCGACCUCGAGCUGCCCCGGGACGCGUUCACGCUGCAAGUGUGGUUGCGAGCGGAGGGGGGCCAGAGGUCUCCAGCGGUGAUCACAGGGCUGUAUGACAAAUGUUCUUAUACCUCUCGUGACCGAGGAUGGGUUGUGGGCAUUCACACCAUCAGUGACCAAGGCAACAGAGACCCACGCUACUUUUUCUCCUUGAAGACAGACCGGGCCCGACAAGUGACCACCAUCAAUGCCCACCGUAGCUACCUCCCAGGCCAGUGGGUUUACCUGGCUGCCACCUAUGAUGGGAAGCUGAUGAAGCUCUAUGUCAAUGGUGCCCAGGUGGCGACCUCUGGGGAACAGGUGGGUGGCAUCUUCAGCCCACUGACCCAGAAGUGUAAAGUUCUUAUGUUGGGGGGCAGUGCGUUGAACCACAACUUCCGGGGCUACAUUGAGCGCUUCAGUUUAUGGAAGGUGGCCAGGACUCAGAGGGAAGUGUUGUUGGACAUGGAGACCCAUAGCCUCCACUCUCCUCUACCUCAGCUCCUCCUCCAGGAGAACUGGGACAAUGUGAAGAGCACCUGGUCCCCCAUGAAGGAUGGCAACAGUCCCCAAGUGGAAUACAGCAGUGGUGCCCACAACUUCCUGUUGGACAACAAUUUGGAGCCCCCUCUGUGUGGACAGACUUUGUGUGACAACACAGAGGUCAUUGCUAGCUACAACCAGCUCCCUCGGUUUCGUCGCCCCAAGGUAGUGCGCUACCGAGUGGUCAACCUGUACGAUGACAAUAGGGAGAACCCCACAGUGAGCCUCCAGCAGAUUGACUUCCAGCACCAGCAGCUGGCUGAGGCCUUUAAACAUUACAACAUAUCUUGGGAGCUGGAGGUACUGGAGGUGAGCAACUCCUCCUUGCGCCACCGCCUUAUCCUGGCUAACUGUGACAUUAGCAAGAUUGGGGAUGAGAACUGUGAUCCUGAGUGCAAUCACAUGCUGACUGGCCAUGAUGGAGGGGAUUGCCGCCACCUGCGCCACCCAGCCUUCAUGAAGAAGCAGCAGAAUGGAGUGUGUGACAUGGACUGCAAUUAUGAGCGGUACAACUUCGAUGGUGGAGAGUGCUGUGACCCCGACAUCACUGAUGUCACCAAGACUUGCUUUGAUCCUGACUCUCCACACAGGGCAUACUUGGAUGUUAAUGAACUGAAGAACAUUCUUAGACUGGAUGGAUCAACACACCUCAAUAUCUUCUUUGCAAACUCCUCAGAAGAGGAAUUGGCAGGAGUAGCAACUUGGCCUUGGGACAAGGAAGCCCUAAUGCACUUGGGAGGCAUUGUCUUGAACCCAUCUUUCUACGGUAUUCCUGGGCAUACCCACACCAUGAUCCAUGAGAUUGGGCACAGCCUGGGCCUCUAUCACAUUUUCCGAGGCAUCUCAGAAAUCCAGUCUUGCAGUGACCCCUGCAUGGAGACAGAGCCUUCCUUUGAGACUGGAGACCUCUGUAGUGACACCAACCCAGCCCCAAAACACAAGUUCUGUGGUGAUCCAGGACCAGAGAAUGACACCUGUGGCUUCCAUAGCUUCUUCAACACUCCCUUCAACAACUUCAUGAGCUAUGCAGAUGACGACUGCACUGACUCCUUCACGCCCAAUCAAGUUUCCAGAAUGCACUGUUACCUGGAUCUGGUGUACCAGGGCUGGCAGUCUUCCAGGAAGCCGGCACCUGUUGCCCUAGCCCCACAGAUUGUGGGACACACGAUUGACUCUGUUACACUGGAGUGGUUCCCGCCAAUUGAUGGCCAUUUCUUUGAAAGAGAAUUGGGAUCAGCAUGUGACCUUUGCCUGGAGGGCAGAAUCCUGGUUCAGUAUGCCUUCAAUGCCUCUUCCCCAAUGCCCUGUGGCCCAUCUGGACACUGGAGUCCUCGAGAAGCAGAAGGUCAUCCAGAUGUUGAACAACCCUGCAAGUCCAGUGUUCGUACCUGGAGCCCCAAUUCAGCAGUCAACCCACAUACAGUCCCUCCAGCCUGCCCUGAGCCACAAGGCUGCUAUCUUGAACUGGAAUUCCGUUACCCAUUGGUUCCAGAGUCUCUGACCAUCUGGGUAACCUUUGUUUCUACUGACUGGGACUCUAGUGGAGCUGUCAAUGAUGUCAAACUAUUGACUGUCAGUGGGAAGAAUAUCUCUUUGGGUCCCCAGAAUGUCUUCUGUGACAUCCCACUGACCAUCAAACUCCGAGAUGUGGGUGAGGAAGUGUAUGGUAUCCAGAUCUACACUUUGGAUGAGCACCUGGAGAUUGAUGCUGCCAUGUUGACUUCCAUUGCUGAUAGCCUCCUCUGCUUAGAGUGUAAGCCACUACAGUACAAGGUGGUCCGGGAUCCUCCUCUUCACGUGGACAUAGCCUCCACCCUACAUCUCAAUAGAAGAUUUGUGGACAGGAAUCUAAGUCUUGGUGGUGUGUAUGAGUACCGAAUCAUCACCGUUUCUGGAAGUGAAGAGAGUGAGCCAUCACCAGCUGCCAUAUACACCCAUGGAAAUGGGUACUGUGGUGAUGGUGUCAUCCAAAAAAGUCAGGGUGAAGAAUGUGAUGACAUGAAUAAGAUCAAUGGUGAUGGUUGUUCCCUUUUCUGUCGACAGGAAGUUUCCUUCAACUGCAUUGAUGAACCUAGCCGGUGUUACUUCCAUGAUGGUGAUGGGGUGUGUGAGGAUUUUGAGCAAAAAACUAGCAUAAAGGACUGUGGUGUCUACACACCCCAAGGGUUCUUGGAUCAGUGGGCAUCCAAUGCUUCAGUAUCUCAUCCAGACCAGCAGUGCCCAGGCUGGGUCAUUAUCGGCCAGCCAGCUGCAUCCCAGACAUGUCGAACCAAGGUGAUAGAUCUCACUGAAGGCAUUUCCCAGCAUGCCUGGUACCCCUGUACCAUCAGCUACCCAUAUUCCCAGCUGGCUCAGACCACUUUCUGGAUCCGGGCAUACUUUUCACAGCCCAUGGUUGCUGCAGCUGUCAUUGUGCACCUGGUGACAGAUGGAACUUAUUAUGGGGACCAAAAGCAGGAGACCAUCAGUGUACAACUGCUUGACACCAGAGAUCAUACCCAUGAUCUAGGCUUCCAUGUCUUGAGCUGCAGAAACAAUCCUCUGAUUAUCCCUGUGGUCCAUGACCUCAGCCAGCCCUUCUACCACAGCCAGGCGGUACGUGUGAGCUUCACUUCACCCCUGGUCGCCAUCUCGGGGGUGGCCCUCCGCUCCUUCGACAACUUUGACCCUGUCACCCUGAGCAGCUGCCAGAGAGGGGAGACCUACAGCUCUGCUGAGCGGAGCUGUGUGCACUUUGCAUGCGAAGCCACGGACUGCCCUGAGUUGAUUGUGGAGAAUGCAUUUCUAAAUUGUUCCAGCAGUGACCGCUACCAUGGUGCCCAGUGUACUGUCAGCUGCAGGACAGGCUAUGUGCUCCAAAUUCAGCGGGAUGAUGAGCUAAUCAAGAGCAAGACAGGAUCCAGCGUCAUGGUGACCUGCAUGGAGGGCAAGUGGAAUAAGCAGGUGGUGUGUGAACCAGUAGAUUGUGGCAUCCCAGAUCAGCAUCAUGUCUAUGCUGCCUCUUUCUCCUGUCUCCAAGGCACCACUUUUGGAAGCAAGUGUUCCUUCCAGUGCCGACACCCAGCACAACUGAAAGGCAAUAAUAGUCUCCUGACCUGUAUGGAAGAUGGGCUGUGGUCCUUCCCAGAAGCAUUGUGUGAACUCAUGUGCCUAGCUCCACCCCCAGUGCCAAAUGCAGACCUUCAAACUGCCCGGUGUCGAGAGAACAAGCAUAAGGUGGGCUCUUUCUGCAAGUACAAGUGUAAACCUGGAUACCAUGUGCCCAGCUCCUCUCGGAAGUCAAAGAAACGGGCCUUCAAGACUCAGUGUACCCAAGAUGGCAGUUGGCAGGAGGGAGCAUGUGUUCCUGUGACUUGUGACCCACCUCCACCAAAAUUUCAUGGACUAUACCAAUGCACUAAUGGCUUCCAAUUCAACAGCGAGUGCAGAAUCAAGUGUGAAGACAGUGAUGCCACCCAGGGACGUGGGAGCAAUGUGAUUCACUGCCGGAAAGAUGGCACCUGGAGUGGCUCCUUCCAUGUCUGCCAGGAGAUGAAAGGCCAGUGCUCAGCCCCAGACCAGCUCAACAGCAACCUGAAGCUACAGUGCCCUGAAGGCUAUGACAUUGGGUCAGAGUGCACCGCCUCGUGCCUGGACCACAACAGCGAGUCCAUCAUCCUGCCAGUGAAUGUAACUGUACGUGACAUCCCCCACUGGCUGAACCCCACGAGGGUGGAGAGCGUUGUUUGUACGGCUGGUCUCAAGUGGUAUCCUCAUCCUUCUCUCAUCCACUGUGUAAAGGGCUGUGAGCCCUUCAUGGGAGACAAUUACUGUGACGCCAUCAACAACCGAGCCUUUUGCAACUAUGAUGGUGGGGAUUGCUGUACCUCUACAGUGAAGACCAAAAAGGUCACCCCCUUCCCUAUGUCCUGUGAUCUACAAACUGACUGUGCUUGUCGGGACCCCCAGGCUCAAGAACAUAGCCGGAAAGAUCUCCGGAGAUACAGCCAUGGAUAGGGAAGGACAAGGUGUUUUCAAAGAAUUCCCAGUGCCAGGACCCGCAUCCCUUUGGUAUUGAUUUCAGUCAGCUGCUCAAUGGAAUGGCCUCUCCACACCAGGGAUCCUUAGCACCCAACCAAUCUGCCUUUAAUUUCACCCAGGAAGGACUCAUGGUGGGGCCACAUGAACCAAGCCUCACCAUGUCGAAUGAUGGAAUGGAAUUCCAUCCUAAAGUCAUAGAUGGAUUGCAUAUACAUUGUGCAGUCCCAGAGCCUCCUAAAAUCUAACCAUACGACCACAGCAAGAAAUAUGUUCUGUA